CUCCCACCCCCGAGCUUUCGGCUAACACCGUCGUCGAGGUUCCUCCUUUAUAAACACAUCGAACGCGGCAAAAAGGCAGAACUGUAUCAGCGUUCGCAAACAGUGAACAAAAUCCUCGAUUCCAAUAUGCACUCCUUCACCGUCGCCCUGCUCGUAUGCGGAAUGCUCGCCGCCGUGAACUGCGCACCGGCACCGGGAGGCUGGGGUGGUAGUCACCAACACCACGUGAUCCACGUCCCGUACCACGUACACAACGUGCAUCACCACCACGUAAAGAAGAUCGCGUACCCCGUUCACCACGUAGAGAAAGUCCCGGUCCCGGUCCAUGUCCACCACGUGGAGAAGGUCCAUGUCCCGGUUCCCUACCCGGUCCACCACGUCGAGAAGAUCCACGUGCCGGUUCACCACGUCGAGAAGGUUCACGUGCCGGUCCACUACGAGGAGAAGCCAUGGUGGUGAGAAGGAGACAGUCUGAAAGCCGAUGUCGAGGCGGCGUCGCCUUCGUGUGUAAAUAAUUCCGCCGAUGCCGAAUCGACGUCCCGGUUCAUGUACAUUUAUUAUACACGUAACGUAAUAUACUGUAAUUGUAAUUAGACGAUAAGAUUCACCACGAACAGUCUACAUUCUAUCGCAUUGUUUAUCCACGAGCUGAAAUCAAACCGUGUCAACCACUUCAAGAACAAUUCAAUUAGCGUUAAGUGUAUUCUGAUACCGCAGUACAAAGUGACGAGAAAAUCGCUCUGUUAUACAAAUUGUAACCGUAAUUGUAACAGUUGUGUCGUUUUAGAGCAAGACGAUCCGGAGUUCUGACGAGCUUUGGCCAGUUGACGAUAUAGUUGUUUUAUUGUUAGAUCAUUAUUAGUGGUAGAUAUUUCUUUUUUUACAACGAAAUAAAUACGAAUGUAUGGAGAAAAUGUUAA